CUUUUAUUGCUUCAUUUGUGUGGUGCAUUUUUCGAGGCACCCUAUUGUACCAGUAUUUAUGUACUACAGUGUUUUUUACUCAAGCACGUAACUCGGUUUGCGGAGUACAAAAGUAAACAUUGAACUGUCUAGGGGAUUCGUUUUAAAAUUCAACACUAGUCUAUAUAAACUUGCUGUAAGCUUUCUUAAGAUGUCAACUGCAUCAGUAGUCUUAACACUAAAAGACUAAUUGUCGUUGGGUAAAAUCGUAAGAUGGAAGACUCCGUGUAUGUAACUAAACUCCCCGCUCCACGUGAAGUAUCACCACUCAUACGAACAGCGCGUUGGGGAUUGUUAGCUGCUGGGAUUGUUUAUGGAGCUCUACGCUUAAAAUAUCUUACUAGAAGGGAAAAGAAGAUAUCCGAACGUGACCGUGCAAUUAUAGAAAAAAGAUUGGAAGAGUACAAUGAAUUGUGUGCUCUACAGGCACAAAAAUCUCUGGAGGAGUUAUCUAAAGCAACUGGUGUACCGUUGGAUCAGUAGAUAACAUAAUAAACUUUAGAAACCACUGUGAUGUAUAUCACUUCCAAUUUUUUAGAUAUAUAAUCAGUCCACUUUCUUUUC